GCAGAGUGUGAGCCAAAGCCUUAGCGGGAGAGCGCGCUGCUCUACAUCAAACUGCAUAAAAGUCUCGUUAUGCAUUUGCCUGCCUUGCUUGCAGGAGUAAAUCUUGAUUACUACGCGGGAAUAUGCAUAUAGCUGCGCGAGGACGCCUUCCCGCAAAGACUGUGCUUUCAUCACUAUAAUCAGCUGCCUAACUACUCUCUCGUAACAUUUUGGGCUUUUUCGCUGCUCGGGUGAGAAGUGACAGGAGCGCAGACCCCUCCUCUGUUGGGCGGGGCGUGCAUUUCAUUUUGUAUUUUGUGAGAGUAUUUUUUUUCUCUCCCCCCUCGUGUUGCCUGCUCUGACACGUCUGCACUGAGUGAGUGGCAUUGGCACACUGUCAAUCGCUCACUAUCAAACAACAUAAAACACACACGGGCACACUAGCUGCACCUCAUAAAUUUGAGCAAGGCAAUGUAUUUUUUUUGUUUUAUUUUUGGCGCAUCGCUUUACAAUACAGCGCUGCAUCCCUAUUAAUUUUCUUCUUGCUUUUUCCCCCCAGCAGACAUCGCACAACUUUUUGUGCAUUUUUUCAAAUAAAAAAUAUUCGGACAGCACCAUAUUUUUGGUAUUACAUGGACUUCAUUUCUGCAACAAGGUUUUUUUGUUUUACGCACAAGUAUUUGCAGCUUUGGAUAUUUUUGCCUUCCGAUUAGGAUUUUUGUGGACAUUUUUGUGAGGAGAUGCACCGGAAAUCCCACGAAGAGCGCCAAUAAAUGAGAGAUCACCAAAGGAGCAAUUGUGUCCAAAGCCGUCAAAUCCCAUAGACAGAGAGAAGAUACAUUGGCGUGAAGAGUCGCGGUGGAUAAGAUGGACAACCUUCGACAAUGUUGACAGUAGACGUUUUGAAUUAAAUACCCGUAAUAAGGUAGUAUUUUACAAACGCCGUCUCCCGUUUUGGCACUUUGGACCGCGCGUAAAGAGACAAGCGUCAACUUGGACACGUUUACGCCACCGCAUCGCUGUGAUAUAUAUCGAUAUAAUUUUUUUUCAUGUUUUUGUUUGUUUUAUUUUUUUAAACAAAACGUCUGUGUUUUGGGCCACGCUGCCGUUCCCCCUUUUUGUCUUCGGCACAUGUUCUAGCCCUUUUCGUAUAUGAGUUUUUCAAUUUGUGUGGCUCAGUGCACAGACUCUUUAGCGGCUCCGAUGGACGAUCAAGCCCGGAUCAUGCAGUCGAUCGGCGGCGUCACUCUGGCCGGCCACUCGGUACAAGGGGGCAUGGCUCUCCCGCCUCCACAUGGACACGAUGGCACGGACGGCGACGGACGCAAACAAGACAUUGGCGACAUUCUUCAUCAAAUCAUGACCAUAACCGAUCAAAGUCUGGACGAGGCGCAAGCAAAAAACAGGAAACAUGGACUGAACUGUCACAGAAUGAAACCAGCACUCUUCAGCGUCCUCUGUGAAAUCAAAGAAAAGACAGGUCUCAGCAUUCGGGGUGCCCAGGAAGAAGACCCUCCAGACCCCCAGCUCAUGCGUUUAGACAACAUGCUGCUGGCAGAGGGUGUGGCCGGACCAGAAAAGGGUGGCGGAUCCGCAGCCGCCGCAGCUGCAGCCGCUGCCUCGGGCGGGGCAGCUGACAACUCUAUUGAACAUUCCGACUACAGGGCCAAGCUCACCCAGAUCAGACAGAUCUAUCACACAGAGCUAGAGAAAUAUGAACAGGCGUGUAACGAAUUCACUACCCACGUGAUGAACCUGCUGCGGGAACAGUCUCGUACGCGGCCCAUCUCGCCCAAAGAGAUUGAGCGCAUGGUGGGAAUCAUCCACCGUAAGUUCAGCUCCAUCCAAAUGCAACUGAAACAGAGCACCUGCGAGGCUGUCAUGAUCCUGCGUUCCAGAUUCCUUGAUGCCAGGCGGAAAAGGAGAAACUUCAGUAAGCAGGCGACAGAAAUUUUGAACGAGUACUUCUACUCCCACCUCAGCAACCCUUACCCAAGCGAGGAGGCGAAAGAGGAGCUGGCCAAGAAGUGCAGCAUCACAGUUUCCCAGGGGGUGGGAAGCACCAUCACAGUAUCUCAGGUAUCCAACUGGUUCGGCAACAAGCGCAUCCGCUACAAGAAAAAUAUUGGCAAGUUUCAGGAGGAAGCCAACCUGUACGCCGCCAAGACUGCUGUAAAUGCGGCACACGCUGCAGCCGCUGCAGUGCAGAACAGCCAGGCCAACUCCCCUACUACACCAAACUCUGGAUUCCAGAUGAAAGAUGAGGAGUUUCAACUGGAUUCUGCAGAGAGCAAAAACACUCUUUUAACCAACAUGUUUACUGGUUCUUCAGGUUCUUUUAACCUCCCAAACUCUGGGGACAUGUACUUGAGCAUGCAGAGUCUGAAUGGGGAUUCUUACCAAGGGGCACAAGUCGGAGCCAAUGUACAGUCACAGGUGGAUACCCUGCGCCAUGUUAUCAGUCAGACGGCAGGAUACAGUGAUGCUCUUGGCCGAAACACGAUGUACAGUCCACAUAGUUUAAAUACUAAUGGUGGGUGGCAAGAUGCAACAACUCCGUCUUCAGUUCUAUCUGCGACAGAGGGACCCGGCAGUGUGCACUCGGAUACCUCCAACUGAUCCACUCUCCAUGCAUUUAAGCCUCAAGCUGGGCAGGGACUUUUAACUGACUGCACAACUGCAGAGGACCUACAAAACCUUUUCACGUCACUUUUUUUUGUGCAUUUGUUAUGUCCCACGACUACAUGCCACAUGUAAGGAUGAACAUUUUUACCUUGAAGAGUCAACUUUUCAUGAUUGUCUCAAUGUUUUCUUUGUAAUUCAGAUGCUUGUUGAAGGGUAAGCGCACACACUGCAUGUGCAAAUAUCAAAGAGCCCUCUGAUAUUCAUCAAACGUUCAUGUUAUCUUCUGUAUUGGAAAUACAGGAUGGGUAUUUACAUGACAUUUAAAAUGUCAAAUGUAUGUGAUUGCUCUUUUUUAUUUCAUAUUUUAAAAAUACUUUUUUCUUUGUGUUCUUCGAAUUAAUGGAUUGAAGCAGCUGUUAAUGUGACCGUAACAAUGCUACUGUUGACAGCUCAAUGGCAGCUUUGUGGUUACUUCCAAGUACAAACCAAUGAUUCUUCAUAUCUGGAGCAUAAAGAAGUGUCAUUGAUUGCAUUACCACGACAUGACACCAUCCCAUAUUUUAUCAUGCGAUGUUUGCCAUGUACAUAUGUAAACAUUUUAUACUGCUUGUGGUAGUCAUCAAAUCUCCCACAGUCGAUCAUAACUCGCGAGUCCCAGUGACACCAACGUGUACAAAACAUAACUUAAGAGUGCUUAAACUUCCCAACAAUCAAUACACAGCUUUAUUGCCUCAUUACAAGUCAUAACAACAAAUUCCAUAAUUUCUGUAGCUUAGAGUGCUCACAUACUACCUCUCAACAUUUUUUGCCUAACUUCUUAUUUUUUUAAUUGUUUUACUUGUUUUAAUAACAUCUUGCAACACUUCCUCAUUCUCUAUGUAAUGUAAUGUAUAUUUUAAUCUUUUAAUAAAACUCUGUUGCUAUCUUGCAGCUUAAAAUGACAAAAAAGGUGAAUCUGAUGACAUUAACAUCAUGAAAAAUAGCAGAGCGAGUACAUUGUUGGUCUGUGGCUUUUAUGAAGGGGUACGAUAAUAUUGCGAUAAAUAAACAGUACAACUGUUGUAAAUACUUCAAAAAAACAUUUUGAAUGUUGCUCAUCUUAUUACUAAAUCAUACCCCAAAAAAUGAAAAAAAAAUCAUUAUGAAGACUGUAAUGCAUAGAAGUUUCAGUAUUCAGAACUGUAUAUUUCCAGCUCUGUUCAACAGGGUUCAAACUUCCUUUCUCUUUUUUCUAUUGUAUGUUAUUCUGAAACUGAAAAGUCAUGACAAAUGAUUUGUGGCAGUGAUUCAAAUGUAAUAAAAAUGUUUAGUGUUGCUUUCUAACCAGACGACACCCUGGACUGAAAAGUCUUUCUUGUGGUAGUUGUGUAAUUUAAAACAUGAAUAAAACUUUUGCUUUGAUGACA